UUUUCCUAAAUGCGAUUAUAACGGGCUACUAAGAAGAAGGUGUGAUCUUGUAUUUUUGGUUCAUAAUUGUCUGGUGUAAACCCUAAGUAUGGUCUUUUAAACUUUGGUACUUUUUCGGCAAAUUUUCCUAAUUAUUGGAUGUGGCCGAAAUCGCUGUCGUUUUACUAGCAAAAUCUGAAAACUGCAUCAUAUAUGUACAUAUGAUAUCCGUAUAAGAUAUCCUUUUCAUCUUCGUGUAAAAGCCGAUAUUUAAUUAAGAUGAGUAUUCCCUCAGAUACCAACCCCGCUCCUAGUCCUACUUAUGACAAUGGUGACGAAGAAAUUAUUAACUGGGAGGAGGAAGCAGCUGCGAUUAUACGAGAUGUUAAUCCUCAUGUUGCACUAAUUGAAAUCUCCCGACAACUGCCCAACAACGAGAGUAAAGUGUACCUGAACGUGCGCACUAUCGAGGGUCAGGAAUACUGUGUGCAAGUAUCGAGUAUUGGUUUUCGCGUGGUUGCCAAUAGAUUUGAUACAAUUGAUGCUGAUAAAAAUGAAGUAAAUGAGGACGAAGGGGAGGUUUAUGAAACGCCAUAUUCUUUGUUAAAUAAAAUCAGUCCCAGCUACGUGGAGUCCUUUGGCAAUCAACUUUGCAAACAAUUACUUUCUGUACAACAAAUGCGUACACAAUUCAAUGAAGAAGACGAGGAGGGUGCCGAUGAAGAUGACAGUGAGUGCACAAAAGAGUCAUUGUGAGAAAAGAAGUCUGAUUCUGACAUUUUAUAAUCGAGGAGAGCCAAAAGAGAUUCAACCUUAAACUAAAUGAAAGCUGAAAAACAAAUACAAUUUAGCUGUAAGCAAUUUCCAUUUUAAUUUAUGCUUGUAAUUAUGCAUUUUAAGUAUGAAUGUAUGUCUGAAAAAACGAAUAGUUCCCACAUUGUUUGAAUGAAAAGCAAUGCGAUUAAUUAAUGUAUUAUAGUGUUAGCCAGAUGGGUUGUGUGUACGUUGUACAACUUCCAUAGCGAAUCAUUUGUGUAUAUUUAAAAUUUUAAACGCUUCAAGAAUAAAGAUUGUGCCUGCAGCUCCA